AUGGUAAAAUUAGUGAGACGCCGUCUGCUGCUCCUCAUGACGCCAGCGCUGCCGCGUCCAUUCACUCACCUCCCGCCACCCAUCGCGACCGAUACGUACCAAUCCAAAUUGUAUACUACUGUUGAAAAUGUUGAUAACCAAAAUGGCGAAAAUUUUUGUUUGAAAUUGAACUUCGGUUCUGUCUACCAAAGAGAGGUAGCACAGGUCAAGCGCGAUGACUUGACGUGGUCGACCCUGGAGUACGAAAGUCAGCAAGAAAACGCCGGCUUCAUCAAGAAUGUGUCGAGAGCUCGCGAGGCGGUGCGGGGCAGGGCGGGCGCCGCCCAAAAUAGCUCGCACGUGCCGCUCGCCGCCGGCUGCCCACGCGCAGGCAAGAUGGCCGCCGCGCCUGCGCCUGUGUGCGUGCGCGCUGCAAGCGAUUGUGGCACGUAA